AUGGCGACUCGAAAUGAAAAACAGACUGGGCCUGCGAGCACCAACAGCAUGGACACUCUCCAGAAGGACUUGGACAGGUUGAAAAUUGAACUGGACACCUGCAACAGCCAGAGGAUUGCUGCAGAAAAGCAGGUACAAGCGCUGCAGAGUGAUUUGGCAAAGGCAAGCAAAACCGACUCCAAGAAGAGUGAAACUCCGCAAGGAAAGGUGAAGGAGCUGGAGACGAAAGUUUCAAAGAUGGAGGCUGACACAAAGAAGCUGCGGAGCAGUGUCGCACGCCUUGAGCAGGAGAAGCAGGCUUUGGAGACACAGAAAAGGAUGGCUGAGGUGAAGGCAAAAUCUCUUGAAGGCAGUGUGCAGGACUUAGAAGAACAAACAAAGUCUUGGAAGAGUGACAAAGCAACCAUGGAGAUGAGGUUGAAGAAAUUGCAUGAUCAGGUCGCAGAAGCACGGAAGGCACAGGAGUCGGCAGAAAAGUCCGUGGAGACAGUGGAGGCAUCUAAAAUGUGGAUGUCCAGAGACCUAGCUGCGAAGGACAAGAAGAUCGCUGAGGCAGAAAAGCAGUCAGAAGCAUCAAAGAAGAAGGCUGAGGAAUUGUCUGCCAUUGUGAGCAAACUCACCAAGGACAAGGAACAGAUUGAAACUGAACUUGAAUUGGUUAAAAAGGAGAGGGAUGGCAUGCAACAAGAGCUGGCAACUGCACUCACUGGCCUACAGGAGGAGCGGGCCCAAGUCAGCAAGGUGACCAAGGAGAAUGAAGAAAUUGCAGAAGAGCUGGUGCUGGCGCAAGCUGAGAAUGUCAAGAGCAGAGAACUAGUGUCAGUUCAGCCAGCUGCGAAGAUGUAUGACAUAUCUAUGCUGUACACUGUUGGAGCUGCCAGCGGUGUGGGCGCUGCUCUGCUCGCAGUAACCUGCAUGGCCCUUAUGACUCCAAGGAAAUGA